AUGAGCCAUCACAAGACAAGUGCUCACGAGACGUUAAAACAAUCGUCUCUACCUCCACCCAAAACGGCCAAUAUCCCUCCACCGCCUCCACCCCCACCGCCUCCGCCUCCCGACCCCGCUGUCCUUCCAAUCAUCAAAACGCAACUCAUCACCCUCUGUGCCGCAUUCCACAUCUUCAACAAACUUAUCACCAAAUUGAGCGGCCAAUUAAAUUCACUCUACCGAGACGCAAACGACGCUCAAGCAGCUAGCCAGGCAAGCAUCAAGCGCAUGAUGGAAACAAUCAAGACGAUAAUAGAGGGUCGGGACAAGUUGGAACGUGCAUAUCAAGAGCUUUUGGAGGAGUUGGAUUUGCUGCGGGAGAAGGUGGGUGAUGAGCCGGAGUUGAUAAAGGUCAGGCAGGUGGGAUGA